AUGCGUGAAAGAGACCGUGUUCUGCUCGAGGAAUAUUUCCCCAAGAUAAGAUCUAUGGCAGCGAAGACUGUCAGACAAUUAAUUGGCUGUGAACUGAAGAGAAUCCAAGAAGCCAAAAAAAAAAGGAAUUAGGUUUGAAACUGGACGAUUUGACAGCACAGAAGAUGAAAAUGAUCAAGGAGAAUGUAGAAGCUUUCAUGGAGUUAUUAGGGUUGGAGUCAGGCGAGAUGCUCUUUCAUAGCUACAGGUUUCCAGACCAGAAGAGCACUCUUGAAAAGUUCAAGAAAACGUACAGCUUUCGGCAACGAAUCGCAACAGGAGUACCCCGCAGUGUAGCAGAAGUGUACAAUCGAGCAUCAAAGCUAUACGAUUUGUCUGGCAAUAAGGGACGUUUUACAAAAGAAGACGUAGAAAAAUUGAAGAAAGGGGUGGCCAAACAUGGGAACGAUUGGAUUACCAUCGGAAAAUUAAUUGGCCGAAACAAUAAAUACACUCAGUUAAAAGCCUCACAGCUCAGGCAUGUGGUCACUGGGGGAAAGUGGAGCAAUGAGGAGGUAAACAGACUUAUUCAGGCUGUGAAGAUCUUUAUUCUGAGCUCACUAAAGCGCAAGGACGGGAAGGACUUCUCCAAGAAGGAACCAAAGAAAAUCCGUAAGGAAAUGCUGUUCACGGGUAUUCCCUGGCGCAGAGUAGAGGAGAUGGUGCAGACAAGGAACUGGACACACUGCAAAUCAAAGUGGAAUGAUGUUCUGCUAGUGCGAAUGAAUGAUGGUAUUCGCAAUUGUGCACGACUUUGUGGCUUACAGACCAACAUAGAAAUUAUCAAAUGGUUACAUGAAGUCAGUCCCGGCAAAGGACAAGUGAAUUGGCUGGAAAUGUCUAAAGCCAUUGGAAAUAUUCCUCCAGGCAUCUUGCAGCAAAAGGUUUAUAAGCUGAAGUCCCGGAAUGUUCCUCAGUGGCAAAGUCUG